GCUCCGUGGGACCCGGUCCGCCGGCGGCGGGAGCCGAGCGCCCGCCGCGCCAUGGGCCUCCUGUCGGACCCGGUGCGCCGGCGCGCGCUCGCCCGCCUCGUGCUGCGUCUCAAUGCGCCGCUCUGCGUGUUGAGCUACUUGGCCGGCAUCGCCUGGUUCCUGGCGCUGGCCUUCCCGCCGCUGACGCAGCGCACGUACAUGUCGGAGAACGCCAUGGGCUCCACCAUGGUGGAGGAGCAGUUCACGGGCGGAGACCGCGCCCGCAACUUUGCCCGGGACUUCGCUGCUCACCGGAGGAAGUCUGGGGCUCUGCCAGUGGCCUGGCUAGAGCGGACAAUGCGGUCCGUGGGGCUGGAGGUCUACACGCAGAGUUUCUCCCGGAAACUGCCCUUUCCUGAUGAGACCCACGAGCGCUAUAUGGUGUCCGGCACCAAUGUGUAUGGUAUUCUUCGGGCCCCACGUGCCGCCAGCACCGAGUCCCUGGUAUUCACGGUACCCUGUGGCCCUGAGUCUACCAAUAGCCAGGCCGUGGGGCUGAUGUUGGCACUUGCAUCCCAUUUCCGAGGUCAGAUUUACUGGGCCAAAGAUAUCAUCUUCCUUGUGACAGAGCAUGAUCUUCUGGGCACUGAGGCGUGGCUUGAAGCUUACCACGACGUCAACGUCACUGGCAUGCAGUCCUCCCCUCUGCAGGGCCGGGCAGGCUCCAUCCAGGCGGCUGUGGCCCUGGAGCUGAGCAGUGACGUGGUCACCAGCCUCGAUGUGGCUGUGGAAGGACUCAACGGGCAGCUGCCCAACCUUGAUCUCCUCAACCUAUUCCAGACUUUCUGCCAGAAAGGCGGGCUGCUGUGCACACUUCAGGGCAAGCUGCAGCCUCAGGACUGGACAUCGGUGGACGGGCCACUGCAGAGCCUGCAGACACUGCUGCUCAUGGUUCUUCGGCAGGCCUCUGGCCGCCCUCACGGCCCCCAUGGUCUCUUCCUACGCUACCGGGUAGAGGCUCUGACCUUGCGUGGUAUCAAUAGCUUCCGCCAGUACAAGUAUGACUUGGUGGCAGUGGGAAAGGCUCUGGAGGGCAUGUUCCGCAAGCUCAACCACCUCCUGGAGCGCCUGCACCAGUCAUUCUUCUUCUACCUGUUGCCUGCGCUCUCCCGCUUCGUCUCCAUUGGCCUCUACAUGCCCGCGGCCGGCUUCUUGCUCCUGGUCCUUGGUCUCAAGGCACUAGAGCUAUGGAUGCAGCUGCACGAGGCUGGAGUGGGCCCUGAGGAGGCUGGCAGGGCCUCUGGCCCCCGCCCGCCCCUCCCCCCAGCACAGGGUGUGGGGCUGGCCUCACUUGUGGCGCCUCUGCUCAUCUCCCAGGCCAUGGGCCUGGCCCUCUACAUCCUGCCUGUUUUGGGCCAACACGUGGCUGCCCAACACUUCCCGGUGGCUGAGGCGGAAGCCGUGGUGCUGACGCUGUUGGCUGUUUAUGUGGCUGGCUUGGCCCUUCCACACAACACCCACUGGGUGCUGAGCAUACAGACCCCAGACAGGGGCUGGAUGGCCCUGAAGUUGGUGGCCCUGAUCUACCUAGCACUCCAGCUGGGCUGCAUCGCCCUCACCAACUUCUCCCUGGGCUUCCUGCUGGCUGCCAUCAUGGCCCCUGCUGCUGCCCUCACCAAGCCCAGCGGGUCCCGGCCCUUCUAUGCUGCCCUGCUCCUGCUCACAAGUCCAGCCGCCAUACUCCUGGGCAGCCUGUUCCUGUGGUGGGAACUGCAAGAGGCACCAGUGUCGCUGGCUGAGGGCUGGCAACUCUUCUUGGCAGCGCUGGCCCAGGGGGUGCUGGAGCACUACACCUAUGGUGCCAUGCUCUUCCCACUGCUGGCCUUGGGCCUGUACCCCUGCUGGCUGCUCUUCUGGAAUGUGCUCUUCUGGAAGUGAGGCCUGCUGCCCAGGCGCGCACACAGAGUUAAGGCAGGGCUGCCUGCACCCCCUUUCUACCUCUUUCCUGGGAAAUAAACAAGCGCUGUGUUCUAACUGUU